AUGAUUAAAAGUGAAGAGUUUGGCGAUAGCAAUUGUUGCACUAGUAUUACUACACAUCAAGGCUUACAUCAGUUAAAUGCCAAUCAUUCUAGUUUGUAUCGCAAUUUAUCAUCGAAUAUAUUAACUUCUACAAACUUUCAACCGGUUAUGUAUGGCGGCAACGAUGGCCCGGCCGCCUCGUCUCAUUCGAUUAUGCGUAUGAAUCAAAAUUCACCGGAAUUGGUUGACGAAAAGCCACCAAUAUCUAGUGUAAAUUAUUUGGAACGUGCGCGCAAAUGUUUCUCGUCAUCAAUGAUGAGUCAAGUGGAGACAAUGAAUCAAUAUAGUUUGACGUCUUUGAAUAGCAUGAGCACACCGCCAACAUCUUCCAGUCCCAUUACGUAUGGUGUGAUCUUGCAUAAUGGUCCGACGCAUGCAUCGCAUACGCAAACAACCGGACCUCCUGCACGCCCGUCUAAUGAUUCGCCAUCUAAUCAAAAUUCCGAACAACAUUAUCCAGCUGCCAACAAUCCAAAUAGUAAAAUUGUUAAUUUACUACCCACAACCAUGCUAAGUCAGCCGCUAAAUCAUCACUACACGUCAACGAUUAAAUUUUGCAGCAGUAAAUCGAAUAGUUCAGAAUAUGAUCAUCACCAUCAACAGAAUGAUAAUCUCUCAAAUAAUCAAUCAACGGAAAGAGAUCAUCAUAUGAACAAUUCAAAUACUAGUGAACUUUUAUCCCAUUCCUUGUUACGGUCCGCUGCUUCAGGUGGCGUCAUCGCCAGCACGCAUUUACCGUCCUCAACUAAUACGCUGACCUAUGCGACAAGUUCAUCGCCGACAAAGCUAUUAACAAAUAAUCAAAGCGAUAAUAAAGCAACAACUAUAAUGCAGCAACAUCCUGCACAACAACUGACAAAUUCCUCGCAAGAAUUAUCUUCGCCUGAUACUACGAAAAAAUCAGGCACGCGACGUUCAGAGAAACCAAAUAUAAGUUACAUAAAUAUGAUUGCAAUGGCAAUUAAAGACUCGCCGUCCGGAAAGCUCACUUUAAGUGAAAUCUAUAGCUUUUUGCAAAAAAAAUUUGAAUUUUGCAAUGGAAACUACGUAGGUUGGAAGAACUCAGUACGACAUAAUCUUAGCUUAAACGAUUGCUUUAAAAAGUUACCAAAAAGCAUGGGUGUAGGGAAGCCGGGCAAGGGCAGUUACUGGACUAUUGCGGAAAAUUCGGCUUAUAUGUUCCACGAUGAGGGCAGCUUAAGACGUAGACCGAGAGGUUAUAAGGCGAAAAUGAAAGGCAAACCUUAUGCAACAACUAAUGGAUUUUAUUCGAACAGUUCUUUCGAUACAGGAAUGGAUAACGGUAAUUUUUAUGGUACCCAAGGCGGUUUUAGCGGUUACGAAUACCCGAAUACGUUAGUAACGGGCAGUUUUGACAACUGGUGUCCAUCGCAUUCGCAUGCUCACGCGCAGAAUUCUCUAUCUCAGUACCCGAAUUUACCAGUGGCCUCUUCUUCUGGCGCGUUACGCACAAAUAAUGCCACGCCACCCUUGGCUCACUCAAUUGCCAACAUAUCAGGUAGUGAUUCGCCUUCCGUCCCCUCAAUAACCAUUGCGACAACAUCGUCUUUGCAAAGUUCCAAUCCUAACUUAGAUUAUGCUACUGCUUCGCUAGUUGCAGCCAGCACUGGUUAUGCUUACGGCGGCGGUGGUGGUACAUAUAAUAUGGAGAACGGUCUACGUUCGUUAAGUUUGCCACAAAGUUCUUCGUUAACAAUGCUCUCCUCGCAUCAGCAUUCAGCAGUCACGGUAGCAACAAGCAAUCAUCAUACCUCGAUGACACCUCCGUCGCCACCGUCAACGGCUGCGUUAGCAACCAGUUCCCCCAUAUUAAUAAAUACCCCUACGUUAAUAGAUCGUAAACCUGUUUAUUUACCGCCGUUAACUCCGCCCUCGGCCAAUAUGUCCACAUCGCCAUUACACCAUCAUCAUCAUCAUCAUCAUCAUCAUCAUCAUCCAUUGAAUACGACUAGCAGUACUAAUGGCGGUAAUGGCGGUAAUGGCGGUAAUGGCGUUAAUGGUGAUAAUGAUGCGAACAACUAUUAUGAACAUAUUAAAUAUUCUAAUUAA